AUGGGCAUAUACCAAGGAAAGCACGACAUAGCAAAGAAGAAACUGAGAGAGGAACUACGACAGUGCCAGAUAAAGCUGCUAAAGGACAGUUACUGUGUUAAUUACACAUGUUUUAAGUUUGGGACAGCCACGGCACCUAACACUACAACCAACCCCUCGCAGCUGCUGCCGCUAGAGCUUAUGGACAAAUGUACAGGAUCAAGAAUUCACAUUGUGAUGAAGAGUGAUAAAGAAAUUGUUGGCACACUUUUGGGAUUUGAUGACUUUGUCCGUAUGGUACUGGAGGAUGUCACUGAGUUUGAAAUCACACCAGAAGGAAGAAGGAUCACUAAAUUUGAUCAAAUUUUGCUAAAUGGAAAUAAUAUAACAAUGCUGGUUCCUGGAGAAGGUCCUGAAGUAUGA